AUUUCUUUUACCGCCGCAGCGAAAGGCGUAUGUUUUCUAAUAUUUUUGUCAACAUCAAGUUUUUCUAGUGUAGCGAAACAUCUGAGACUUCCGAUACACAUUUAUGAUUGGCUGUUACCAAUAAUUUAUUGUUGGAGGAAACUUAAUAAGCAAGUAAGAGGUGAAAGCGUUAUCACAGAACACGCUGAUAUUUCCCAGUACAGCACUGCUCAACUGAACUAUUGGAUUUCCUGUCAAUCACAAGCUUGUUACUGUUCAUAAUGAAGGAUAUUUAUCAGUUAACAUCUUAGGAAAACUUAUCUACGUCUAAAAUGAUAAAUAGGAUUAUAUUUUACGGCACUAUUAAUAUUAAAUAAAUAACUUGGAAAUAAAAGUGCAACUACUUUCCUCUAUUCUAAUUACUGAUGCAAUUUUGCAAGAGAGUAUUUAUUAUAAGUAAUCUAUGAUAAAUGCAUGUCAUGUAUGUGUUCGACAGUCCUCGAAGUAAUGUAAGAGUAAAUUGUUACAAACUGUCUUAAAAUGGUGUUUAAUAUUUGCAUUCAAUAGUACUUUUACAUUAAAUUUGCAAACCGGAAUUAAAGUGGCGAUGUCAGAAAAUUCAACAGCCUCGGGCCUUAAUACAACGGGCAUAAUUCUUCGAGAAGCUCCAAUCUUUGAUGAAUUGAAUUUAAUAAGUGUCCUUGUAAAGGGAACAAUGUUUAUAGUUUCAUUGUUUGGAAACUUAUCAACUAUCGUACAGAUGUACAGGAUGAGAAGAAGAAAAUCGACCAUAAACACAUUAAUAAUAAACCUAGCAACAGCUGAUCUUUUAGUAACAUUUUUCUGUAUGGGAUCAGACGCUAUAUGGCAAUCCACCGUCCAGUGGUAUGCUGGUGAUUUUAUGUGUAAAGCAGUCAAGUUUGCUCAAGUCUUUGCUUUCAAUCUGUCAACAUACGUCACGGUUGUGAUAAGUUUAGAUAGAUGUUUUGCAAUCAUGGAUCCUAUCAGUAGAAACAGGGCUCCGAAAAGAGUUAAAAUUAUGAUAAUAGUGUCUUGGUGUUUGUGUGCGCUUUUCAGCAUUCCACAGAUUCUCAUAUUCAAAGUGGUGAAAGGACCAUUUAAAACGAAUUUUGUACAGUGCGUGGAUGUAGGAUACCUAGAGGUGGCAUGGAGCAAACGUGUAUACAGUAUCGUCUCCCUGCUUUUUAGUUUUGUCAUUCCACUCCUUAUCAUGGGUAUAGCAUAUGGCCUUAUAUCAGGUACCAUCACGAGGAAAUCUAGAGAUUUUAGAGAACCCGAAGAAAGUUCAAUUACAUCCGAGCACUGUCAAUUUCGAGGUCAAGUACGAAGUCAUCUGUUCAGAAAAGCCAAGAGAAAAGCACUGCGGAUGUCUAUCGUAAUAGUUGCAGCCUUUAUUAUAUGCUGGACGCCAUAUUACGUUGUAUUUAUGUACACAACAUUCCUAGAACUACCAGAGUUCUCAAGAAAGACCCUGUUGGCACUGUCGUUUAUUGGAUUGUCCAACAGUCUACUCAAUCCGAUGAUAUACGGGGCAUUUCAUCUCUGCAAGGUGCAUAGUCCAAGGUGCUGGAGAAGAAAAGAAUGGCCAAGCUACUCGCUCCGCACGAAGCGCAGCGUGCGACACGCAAUCAACGAGGACCAUAUUGUUGUCGUGAAACACAAGAAUGUCGUCGUACUGUGCCCAGACGGUGGAGAGAUACCCAACAAAGAUAAAAUCAAGCAACAGUGUUUAAUCGUGUUGUAUAAGGUGAAUUCAAGUACCAAAGAUAAAGAAAACGUUAAUAUGUUAGAAUCUACAUCGAGUGGAUAGUAUAUAUUUAUAUUGAUUACAUUAAUCAACGAAGAACCAAAGGACGUUUCAGCGCGAGUUACACAUUUUCCUUUCCUAUGAUAUAUUGUACAUAUUAUUGAUAUUGGUUGUUUGAUGGGUAUGAAUAAAUGAAGUAUAUGGAAACGUAAAACUUCUUUCUUU